GCCCGGGGCGCGGCGACAUGGCCGCGGGCUGUGACGGGGCCGCAGCGUCAGCGCCUCCCACCUGCGACGGUGAUGGCAACAAAAACACAAAAUCUGGAGAGGAGUAUGUACUCCACGUUCCUGUGGUGGAUGUACAAAGUGACAACUUCAAAGAGAUGUGGCCAUCCCUCCUGCUGGCUUUAAAGACAGCUAGCUUUGUGGCUGUGGACACGGAGCUGAGUGGACUUGGGGACAGGAAGAGUUUGCUGAACCAGUGCAUUGAAGAACGUUACAAGGCUGUGUGUCAUGCUGCCAAGUCCCGUUCUGUCCUGUCCCUGGGCCUUGCGUGCUUCAAGCAGCAGCCAGAUAAGGGUGAGCACUCCUACCUGGCCCAAGUGUUUAAUCUCACCCUCCUGUGCAUGGAAGAGUAUGUUAUAGAACCAAAGUCUGUGCAGUUCCUGGUACAACAUGGCUUCAACUUCAAUCGGCAGUAUGCCCAGGGCAUCCCCUACCAUAAGGGCAAUGACAAGGGUAAUGAGAGCCAGAGCCAGACGGUGCGGACACUAUUCCUGGAGCUGAUCCGGGCCCGUCGGCCUCUGGUGCUGCAUAAUGGCCUUAUAGACUUGGUGUUCCUGUACCAGAACUUCUACGCACAUCUGCCUGAGAGCCUAGGCACCUUCACUGCUGACUUGUGCGAGAUGUUCCCAGCAGGCAUUUACGACACCAAAUACGCUGCCGAGUUUCAUGCCCGCUUUGUGGCUUCCUAUUUAGAAUAUGCUUUCCGGAAAUGUGAGCGGGAAAAUGGGAAGCAGCAGGCAGCCGGCAGCCCACACCUGACCCUGGAGUUCUGCAGCUACCCCGCUCGCAUGAGAGCCCAUGUUGACUACCGCUGCUGCAUGUCUCCUGCAGUCCACCGUCCUCAUGCCACCAGCAUCUGUGACAACUUCUCGGCCUAUGGCUGGUGCCCUCUGGGGCCACAGUGUCCUCGUUCCCACGACAUUGACCUCAUCAUAGACACCGAUGAAGCUGUGGCAGAGGACAAGCGGCGACGGAGGCGGAGGCGGAGGGAGAAACGAAAGAGGGCUUUGCUGAGCCAGCCUGAUCCACAGAGCCCUGGGGAAGCGGAAGAUGGUCCCCCCAUGAAGCAGGUCUGUGAGGAUGGCCUCAACACUGAGAUGGUUGAGCACAAGGUGGCAGAAGAUGAAACAAGGGAUCAGCCUGAUUCUGAGCAAGAUCACAGAAAUGACUUGGAAGUGGGGCCUAAGGUGACAAGUCCUGAAACAGCUGAAACAGCUACCUCAGACUUGUCAGGGAGCCGACCUGGUCCUAACCCAGUGCCUGGGGAUGGACUGCACAGGGCUGGUUUUGAUGCCUUUAUGACAGGUUAUGUAAUGGCCUAUGUGGGGUUGAGCCAAGGACUCCAGCCCUGCAGCUCUGGGCCCUGGCUCCCUGAAUGUCACAAUAAGGUAUAUCUAAGUGGCAAAGCUGUACCCCUCACGGUGGCCAAAAGCCAGUUCUCCCGUUCAUCCAAAGCCCACAACCAGAAGAUGAAGCUGGCUUGGGGCAGUAGCUGACCCAACAUUUUACUGGCACUGGGUCCAAGAAGAGAAGCUGAGAAUACAAGCGAUGUUCGGCCAGGGCCAGGUAUGCCAAAACUCACACCUGUCAUCCCAGUACUCAGGAUGCUGACACAGGAUUACCACAAGUUCAAGGACAUCCUGGGCUACAUAGCAAGUCUUUGUUGCAAAAAUAACUUAAAAUCCACAUUUGUGUCUCUAACUUGUGAAUGUCACAUACUUUACUACACAUAUUCGAGCCAUUUUAUAUGCUACUACAGAGUUGGGGAGCAGGUCCUGGCAGAGAGUGCUUCAUCGCUCCUUUGUUACACCAGUCUUAGUACAGAGUAUAAAUAAGGCUGACCAACACCUGCAACAUCAACUUUAUUUUUUAAUCUGAAAGUGUCUGGGAAAGUUUUUACAAAAAAAAUCAGAAACAAAUUGUGAAAAUAUUUGACGUCAA